AGUGACAACAAGCCACAUGUGAAAAAUCCACUGCGACCGUUUUCGUCUAUCCUUAAAAAUCCUCUUCCCUUGAGCAGAACUCCAUUUUCUUUAACUUCUCUACAAAAUUCAAUCUCUUUUCGGAUGGCUGCCGUACUCGAAUCCCUUACUAUUCCAUGCGCUUCUGCUUUGCCCUCCAAAUCUUCUCUUUCUGCUUCUAUAAAUCGGAGACCGGCUGCGAGGUUAAGAAAAGCCAAAUGUCUGAAGGUCGGCUUCGCUGCUACUACUCGCUCCUUGACUCCUUCUAAACUUGCUCGUAGUGGAAGGAUCGUUUGCCAGGCUCAGGAUGCUGCUGUUGAAGAUCCACUUUUGGUUAAGGCUGCCAGAGGAGAACCUGUCAGUAGGCCUCCAGCAUGGAUGAUGCGUCAGGCAGGAAGGUAUAUGGCAGUUUACCGAAAGGUUGCAGAGAAAUACCCAUCCUUCAGAGAAAGGUCAGAGACAACUGAUCUCAUUGUGGAAAUUUCUUUGCAGCCGUGGGAAGCUUUUCAUCCAGAUGGUGUUAUUAUUUUCUCUGACAUACUUACUCCUUUACCUGCAUUUGGUGUCCCAUUUGACAUAGAAGAAGUAAGGGGACCUGUUAUUCAGACUCCAAUUUGUUCUGAAGAAGGAUUAAAAGCUCUGCAUCCCAUUGAACUAGAGAAACUCCAUUUUGUGGGGGAUUCUCUAAGAAUAUUGCGACGCGAGGUUGAUGGGCGUGCUGCAGUUUUAGGUUUUGUUGGAGCACCUUGGACAAUUGCUACAUAUAUAGUGGAAGGGGGUACGACUCGCACAUAUACAACCAUAAAGAGCAUGUGUCAUACAGCACCACAUGUAUUAAGGGCUCUUCUCUCUCAUUUGACACAGGCAAUAUCUGAAUAUAUUGUUUUUCAAGUGGAGUCUGGGGCUCAGUGCAUACAAAUAUUUGAUUCUUGGGGUGGACAGCUACCACCUGAAAUGUGGGACUGUUGGUCAAAGCCAUAUAUUGAAGAGGUAGUUCGUAAAGUAAGGAGUAAGUGCCCUGAAAUACCCCUUGUUCUCUACAUCAAUGGAAAUGGUGGCCUUCUUGAACGUAUGAAAGGAACUGGAGUUGAUGUGAUUGGCUUAGACUGGACAGUGGAUAUGGCAGAUGGAAGGAAGCGUUUGGGUAGUGGGAUCAGUGUACAGGGAAAUGUAGACCCUGCGUACUUAUUUUCACCUCUCUCUGCAUUGACUGAUGAAAUUCAAAGAGUGGUGAGAUGUGCGGGGCCGAAGGGGCACAUUCUCAAUCUUGGACAUGGUGUUCUUGUUGGGACUCCUGAAGAAGCUGUUGCUCAUUUCUUUGAAGUUGCAAGAAGCCUGAAGUAUAAUACACCUCUGCAAAAUCAAGUGGCAGAAGAACCAGAAUUGGGCUUCUUGGCAAGUUAAGGUGCUUUCACAAGGGCGAGCCUUGGUGCCGCCGGUGAAGUUGUUCCUUUGGUGAUCUGUAGGUCAUGGGAUUGAGGUGUGAAAACAGCCUCUUUUCAAGAUUGUAAGGGGAAGGCUGUAACUAUGAGCUCACCCUUCCCCUUCCCCCACAGUAGUUGGGCUGUAUUCUGUGCACUGGGCAAGUCCUGAGGUGUAUCCAUCUCUAAACAAGUGGAUUUUGGGAAAGUCCAGUUCAUGAACUAAUUAUGCAGUGGAAAGAAUGCUGAAAAUGGCUUUUGGUGCUGGCAGAUGAAGACAAGCCAUUUCAGGAUACUGGAGCAGGGUGGUGUAUCAACUACUUUAUCUUUUGGAUAAAUAUCAAAUGAUACGAUAGAGAUGAGCUCUUAUAAUCUUGUAUAUUUUGUUAUUAAGGUUUUGUAAUAUUACAAUUAUGCAUAUUCGAUUUAGAUAUAAUUGUAUACUAUUAUUUUUAUAUAGAAUAAUUAUAAUUA